CGCAGUCUCUGCCGCCGGCUCGCGGCGCGUGGACCGUGCUCUGCGCCGCGCGCGUCCGCACGGCUCCGGGUUCCGGCGGCGGCGGCGGCGGCGGCGGCGGCGCCGCGUGGAGCUCGCGAGCCAUGUCGUGGCUCUUCGGCAUCAAGGGCCCCAGGGGGGAAGGCGCGGGGCCGCAGCUUCCGCUGCCGCCCAUGCAGCCCGGGGCCGAGGGCGGCGGGGACCGCGGCGCGGGGGACCGGCCUGCGCCCAAGGACAAAUGGAGCAACUUCGACCCGACGGGCCUGGAGCGCGCAGCCAAGGCGGCACGCGAGCUGGAGCACUCGCGACACGCCAAGGAGGCGCUGAGUCUGGCACAGAUGCAGGAACAGACGCUUCAGCUAGAACAUCAGGCCAAGCUCAAGGAGUAUGAGGCCGCCGUGGAGCAGCUGAAGGGCGAGCAGGUCCGGGUGCAGGCCGAGGAGCGGAGGAAGACCCUGAGUGAGGAGACGCGGCAGCACCAGGCCAGGGCCCAGUACCAGGACAAGCUGUCCCGGCAGCGCUAUGAGGACCAGCUGAAGCAGCAGCAACUUCUCAACGAGGAGAACUUACGGAAGCAGGAGGAGUCCGUGCAGAAGCAGGAGGCCCUGCGGCGGGCCACCGUGGAGCGGGAGAUGGAGCUUCGGCACAAGAACGAGAUGCUGCGGGUGGAGGCCGAGGCGCGUGCCCGGGCCAAGGCUGAGCGCGACAAUGCUGACAUCACCCGCGAGCAGAUCCGCCUGAAGGCUGCUGAGCACCGCCAGACCAUCCUGGAGUCCAUCAGGACGGCUGGCACCGUGUUUGGUGAAGGAUUCCAUGCCUUUGUGACAGACUGGGACAAAGUGACCGCCACGGUGGCUGGGCUGACGCUGCUGGCCGUUGGCAUCUAUUCCGCCAAGAACGCCACAUCGGCCAUAGGGCGCUACAUGGAGACCCGGCUGGGGAAGCCGUCCCUGGUGCGGGAGACCUCUCGAAUCACGGUGCUGGAGCUACUGAGGCACCCUGUGCAGGUCAGCAGGCGGCUCCUCAGUAAGCCUCAGGAUGCACUGGAGGGCGUCGUCCUCAGCCCCAGCCUGGAGGCUCGCGUGCGGGACAUCGCCAUUGCCACGAGGAACACCAGGAAGAACGGGAGCGUGUACCGGAACAUCCUGAUGUAUGGGCCGCCUGGGACGGGCAAGACACUGUUUGCCAAGAAACUCGCGCUGCACUCAGGCAUGGACUACGCCAUCAUGACGGGUGGGGAUGUGGCCCCCAUGGGGCGGGACGGCGUGACCGCCAUGCACAAGGUCUUCGACUGGGCCAGCACCAGCCGGCGAGGCCUCCUGCUCUUUGUGGACGAAGCAGAUGCCUUUCUCAGGAAGCGAGCGACUGAGAAGAUCAGUGAGGACCUCAGGGCCACCCUGAACGCGUUCCUGCACCGGACAGGCCAACACAGCAGCAAAUUCAUGCUGGUCCUGGCCACCAACCAGCCCGAGCAGCUAGACUGGGCCAUCAAUGACCGCAUCGGCGAGAUGGUUGGCUUUGACCUGCCGCGGCGAGAGGCACGGGAGCGCCUGGUGAGAAUGUAUUUUGACAAGUAUGUUCUUAAACCAGCCACAGAAGGAAAGCAGCGCUUGAAGCUGGCCCAGUUUGACUACGGGGAGAAGUGCUCAGAGGUUGCACGGCUGACGGAGGGCAUGUCCGGCCGGGAGAUCUCCCAGCUUGCUGUGGCAUGGCAGGCCAUGGCGUAUGCCUCUGAGGAUGGGGUCCUCACCGAGGCCAUGAUGGAUGCCCGGGUCCAGGAUGCCAUCCAGCAGCACGAGCAGAAGAUGCAGUGGCUGAAGGCAGAGGGGAGCCGGCGGCCCCUGCUCCCAAGUCCACAGGCCGAGUGA